AUGACACCUACUUUGUCUCUUGGACAGGUUUUGAAAGGCAGAAGAGGAGUCUACACCGUCACAAAGCAACUACACGACUGCGUCUGGCUUGCCACAGACCAGCUUCACCAGAGAUUUGUGGCCAAGAGCGUCCGUCAUUUCCGAUUGCAGAACGAACGAGAUAUCCUGCUUCGUUUCCAAAGUCGAACACCGUAUAUUCGCCCCCUCAUUGAUGAAAUUGAGGAUUCGUCAGCUCCUCCUACGCUCAUACUGAAAUAUCUGGAUGACAACGUUCUCCAUGCCUCAAACAGCAAACGUCUAACCCGGCCAGAAGUGAAAUACGUUGCGAAAAAGGUUCUCGAGGCGUUAUUACUUUUACAUGACGAGGGGUUUGUACACACUGAUAUCAAGCCUAGCAAUGUGUUGGUGAACCAUGGACAAGAUGACGUCCGAUUUAGAGAUGUCCAAUUGGCCGAUUUUGGAAGUACUGUCCACGUGGAUUCUACUUACGCUCAGCAUGGUGACCCAAUUGGCACGCCCAUUUUCAGGAGCCCCGAAGCACACCUUCAAAUGAAAUGGGACACUGCCACGGACAUUUGGUCGUUUGGGGCAAUGCUUAUCAGUCUCCUUUAUGGGGAUGGAUUCCAUAUUUUCAAGCCCGAUGUCCCUAUAGACCAUGAUGAAUAUGAUGUUAAAAUUCUCAUGAAGCAUCAUCGAUGCUUCGGCCCCUUCCCCGAAUCGUACGAGGAGAUUGCGGACCAGGAGAGGCUGGCAGUUCUUAUGUGGGUUAUGAAAGAAAGCCCUCCGGAAACCCUGAGGCCCUUUCAUCUCACAACUACGCUAGAGAUUUGUCUGGAAGACAAGGAAUUCGUGUUGAAGACCAUGAAACUCGACCCCAGAGAUAGGCCCACUGCACGACAGCUCUUGGACGAUAAAUGGUUUCAUUAA